AUGAAACUCAACGAUUUCUUAAGAGUAAAUUCCGGUCAAAAUGGCGUUAAUAGUUGGUGCCAGGACCAUUCCGAUUGCACCAGUAGCAACAUGAUGUGCUACAAUCAACAGUGCAUAUGUAAGCCCAACUACCAGGAAAGUGGGUCGUCCGGGUGUAACGGCCCCCUUAACUGUACCCUGGGUCAGAUCAACUGCGGCUCAUGGGAUGGCUGGGUGUGCGACCAACAGGCGGGUCGGUGUGUAUGCAAUGAGGAGACCCAUUCGGAAAAGGUGGGCACUGGGAUAUGUGUGCCCAACGAAGGCGAUAUUACAUGCGUUAAUGGCCAGGGAUGCCAAGGCGGCCGGGUAUGCGUGCAGAAUAGAUGCCGGUGCCCACCGAACACCUACCCCACCUACACGGGCGACGCUAAAAAUCCCACGUGUCAACAGUACUCGUGCGGUCAGGAUCGUGGGUGUGCCCAUACCUGGGACACCCACCGUAUCUGUCAGGGCGGUAGGUGUAUAUGCGACGACCCCAAGUACAGGGAGACUAACACUAGCCUUGGUCAAAUUUGCGCCAUUGGUGUGGAACCUGCGUGCGGUCGGGAUGUUAAAUGUACGGACCCUAACGAGGUGUGCGUGGACUGGACCGACAAUAAUAAUAACGGGAAGUGCCAGUGCAAGGCCAAUUACUAUUAUGAGGAUGGUAGGUGCCAGGCGUUUAGAUGCCAGGAGCAGCCCCAACAAGGGGAUGAUUGGGUGGACCAGAGGUAUAAGUGUGACACAUGGGAUGAGAACAGGGAGUGCCGGCAAUCCAGAUGCGAGUGUAAGCCAGGUUACAAUGAUGGUGGUGUAUCAGGUGGCAAAUGUGUGCGAGAUGUGCAUAAAGAAUGUCCACAUUUAACUAUCGAUGUUAAUAUGAAAAUAGAGUCUGUUCGGGUGGUUACCUAUGGCAAUAUGACACAACUGCAGACUGUACGGCAGGCCUACUUUGUAUAG